UUGUACUUCAAAAACGUCAAUUCGUCAUACCGUUUAAAUUUUUCAACUAAAAAAACGGAAACACCAAAGCUGUUGGAUGGGUUUGGUAUCAUGGGUUCCUAUGCCAACGCACUUUUUCUAUCCACUCAAACCGUUGGCAAUUUAAACCAGGUUAUGAGUGAUUUGAAAUUCGUUGCCGACUCCUUGCAGAGCUGCGAGGAUUUUAGGACUUUCAUGACGACCCCGGGGCUGAGGACGUCCGAAAAGAUGAAGUUUCUUCGUGAAGACCUGGGCACCUUGACCGGCGCACCUUUGCAGAAUCAGACCCUUAACUGUUUGGAAAUGCUUUUCGAGCAGAAGAGGUCAAAUGAGAUUCUGAAUCUCGCCAAGCACUUUGAGACUUUAUUUUUGAGUGCCAACAACCAACUCAAGUGCCUAGUGCAAUCGGCAGAUCCCUUAAAUAAGGACAUUAAGGAAAGGAUUCAGGAAGCUCUGAAGCAAAGGUUGGGAGGGUCCUACGAGCCGGUGGUUGAGUACAAGGUCAAUCCGUCUCUUCUCGGUGGACUUUUGGUUAAUGUAGGGGACAAGGUGGUCGACUGCUCAGUCUCGAGUAAACUUGAAAGAAUACAGGCCCAGCUACUUUCCAGAUUUUAA